ACAACAGCUGUUUCCGUGGCAGGUUUAUUGAUGCGCGUUGUACGUCACGCGCAUCACCCGAUUGUUGUUAUAGUCGUUACGUUUUAUAUCUUUAAAAAAGAACAAAAAAAUUGCCUUUUCGUUUGACGUUAUUAUCAACGAUCGAGUGUAUAAUUUUUUUCUUUUAAAUAUUUUUAUCUCUCGAAAUGACUUUUGUCCCUGUGAUUUUUUAUCGCGUGCAUAGUUUUUCACGAAAUCACGAAGAUGUUAUUGCGAGCUGCGAUUUCAUUGAUGCUAUUUAGUGGGGAAUUAAUUCAAAAUUGUAGUGUACAUAGUAACCGCAUCAUUUUACUAAAUACGUUUGUAUUUUUAUGUAUAUUUUCGUAAAAAUAUUCAAUCAUGGCUCCUAGCCGUUUAGAUGCUGUUUAUCGGAGUAUUUUGCUCACCAAGUUUUUCACCAAAGGAUGGGGAAAUCCUGACAGUUUAAGACGGAUAUUUGAAUUUAGAAAAAUUGUCGCCAAUAGAGAAGCAUGCUAUAAUCUCAUACCACGUGACUAUCCUAUAAAUAUUACCAAGGAUGAAGAAUGGUCGGACUGCCAUAUCGUCGAAGGUUGUUUCGAGAGUCCUUUCGAGCAUAAUUUGCCCAAUAUUAUGCCAGAGGAAACAAAAACUUGUUACUUUCAGCUAAUUUUACCGCUACACUGGAGUUCCCAAAAAAUCAAACCUGUGUGCCUGCACCUGGCAGGCACCGGUGACCACUAUUUUUGGAGACGAAGAAACUUGAUAGCAAAACCAUUGCUCAAGGAGGCUGGAAUCGCGUCAUUGCUCCUGGAGAAUCCGUUCUACGGGAUGAGGAAGCCGAAAGAUCAAAUACGUUCGAAUUUACACAAUGUCGCUGAUAUAUUCAUCAUGGGAGGAUGUCUAAUUAUGGAAUCGAUUGUAUUGCUCAAUUGGUGCGAGCAACGAGGAUUCGGUCCGCUUGGACUUACAGGAUUGUCUAUGGGUGGUCACAUGGCUUCAUUAGCGGCAACAAAUUGGCCAAAGCCAAUAGCUCUAGUUCCUUGCUUAUCCUGGUCAACGGCUUCCCCAGUGUUUACUCAGGGUGUUAUGAGCACUUCCAUUAAUUGGCAAUUAUUGGAGUCGCAAUAUUUUUCAAACGAGGUCUAUCAGAAUGAUCUUGCUAAAAUGGUGAAAAUCAUUGAUCAAGACGAUGCUUUUUUAGCUGGUCAACACUUUGUCAAACAUUAUCCUGCCAGUUUGAAAAGGAUGAACGAAGCGAGGGAACAGUCACAUAAUCCAGAAGUUGAUAAAUCAAUGGAAGUCGGCAAAGUUGAUGAAGUUGGGAUUGAAAAUAAUAAUAAUAUGAAUGCUCGAGUCGAUGAGGAAAGAGUCGCAGCUAAAAUGUUUCCUCUCAAUCUUAUAUACGAAAGAUUUAAAUCGAACGAGCCUGAUAAACUGGAAGAAGUUUGUAUGCUGCCUGCAUCGAAAGACCCUCUAAGGCUCGACAGCAAAUAUCGAGAGCGUGAGGCUUUUCAAUUUAUGCGUGGAGUCAUGGACGAAUGCACGCACCUUCGUAAUUUCGAGGUUCCUGUCGAUACUUCCCUCAUUAUUGCUAUAUGCGCUAAGGACGAUGCUUACGUGCCACGCGAAGGCUGCAUGAGUUUAGAAGAAAUUUGGCCUGGUGCUGAAAUUCGUUACAUCGACGCUGGUCACGUUACGGGAUAUUUGUUGCACCAGAAAUUUUUUAGAUCAAUGAUAGCUGAAGCUUUUGGACGUUCGUUAAAAAAAUAUCCGAUCGACGAGCGUAGCUGACAGACAGAAGAAUCGUCAACUACAGAUUUGCAAUAGAAGAUGAAAGUUAAUAUUUUCGAUCGCCUAUUUCGAUCAAACGAUCGUUUCAUGAAAGGGUAAAGUGGAAUCGUGCAAAAAAAAUGAACUCACGAUUUUAUCACAUGAUUAAUAAUUGACAAUACAACGAAACAAAAAAAAAUCGAUUAUGCAUUCGUUGCUACCACGUGUGAUCACGAAUUUAGAAAAAAACAACACGCGAUAGUUAACAUUGUAAAAAUUGACGUAGAUACAAAUCUCAUGGAAAUAUUUAACUUUUAUAAUGAAUGUUUUAAUCUAUUUACACAAUUACGUUGACAAAUUAUAUAUAUUAUAUAAUUUAUGUAUACACUUGUGGAUAACCAUGAAUUUUAUUUUAUUAAAUCAUGAAAAAACACCAUCA